UGACCAGGUUGGCUCAAGAGUUUGCAUUGACCUGUAUUACUAGUUCAGAUUCUAAAUUUAGAUCUGAAUUAAUGUUUAAACCAGGUAUAGAUCUUCAAAAAUAUCUGCUUAGUCCAAAUCAUAUGGAACACUAA